GCGUCGGCGGCGGUGGUUCCAACAAGGACGACAACUCCUGACUAUUACUGUGUAGCGCCCUUACCGAUGGACCCUACUCAUAUAUAUGAACAAAAGAAACUGAUUUUAUAUACCAGAUUGCGCUCUACAUCAAGCGAUUUUUCCGCAAGCUCGUCUACAUUUUCCGCACGACGCCUUCGCGCUCCGUGACGUCGAAAUCUCACUAACUUUUUUCCCACUGUUAGUAUGCCUCCAUCGCUACUACGGCGGAGGGGGCCAACUGCUGCGUAGAAGAUAAGCCAGUGCUUACUCAGUACACACUAUCCACUGUAACACUAUGAUAUAGAGCGCCAUCUAGUGUAUAAAACCAUUUGCAGCCAGUAUAAUUCGAUCAACGCAACACGGCGGCGAAGGCGUCUUAUGUUUAGUCCGCUCAAUAUUCUUUGAGCAUAGAUAGGUGUGUGUUUGUCAAACGUAACAUCAAUAAUAUAACCCACACACACAAAACAAAGACAAGCAUCGAUGCCAUACCGUCGUGUUGGAAAACAAGGCUGUUCAUAUGAAAACGAAAUUUCAACGCCAAAGAAAACCGAGGAAGAACUCCACUUGCUUCCUACACCAUUCCGUAACAAGUGUUUUAGGUUUCCUUCCUUUUUACCCUGAUCAUAGCCUUUCUUCAUCCGCAUAUGUGAGUAGGUUCAGCCCAUUUCAACCAUUUUCCUUUCUGACCAUUAUAGACCAUAGUUUUAGCAGUUUGUUGUUAAGUUUGAGUUAAAGUUUGACUCUCUUGACCGUAUGUGAAUGAUUUGUGUGUAUUUAUCUGUUGCCCUUCAUUUGUUUACAGUAGCCAAUAAAUUGAUCGUUCUUUUAAGUUACAUCGUUAGCUUGAUUUUCGUUUAUUUGUUCUUUUUUUCUUUCGUUCAUAGUGUACGUAAUAUCUUCGAUAACCUUCCCGUAUCAACGCUUGUGUUUUAUGUUACUUAUUUUUUCUUUCUUUUCUUUCGUAAAUUGUACUACAGUUUAGUUUCAAACUGCGUUUAGGUGUAAGAAGAAGGGAAGACGGAAAUAAGAUCGAAGGCGAAAUUUCAAAUUCAAACCAAGGGGUACCAUCGCAGGGUUGCUGCACACAAAGACAUUCUAACGGAUUGUGCCAUCAAAUAUUGGCCGUUGGAUUGGUAGAAGAAAAUGUGAAAUCAAACAAAAAUGCUAUAUAUAAUGAUACAACAGAACAACAAAAAAACGCCAUGUACAAAGUAUAGAGAGAACGAGAUUUAGCGAACGAACACAAAUAAUGCUAGUGCUAGUGAUAAUGCUUUUCCACAUUUCAUCCCUUAAAACCGCGAACAUAAUGUUUAAAGCAACAAAUUUAAUCGAAUCUAGAGAAGUACGGUGCCGUUGAAAUAAACAUCUGAUGAAUUUAAUUAUCUUUUUUUUUGUAACGAGAAUAGAGGGUAACAAGAAGAGGCAAACAAACAGAAAAACAACAGAAAGCCAGAGCGAGCCACACGGAGGAAAUUGUAACUUAACAACUAAUGCAACAGCUAACAAAACGAAACGAGCGUGCCAGCAAUGCAACACGUACAGUGGUGCUACCGCUGCUCUCACGCAUACUGAUACACGCAGAAUAGUGAAAUGCGCAAAUUGAUGAUGAUGAUGACUUCUAACUUGAUUUAAGGCGAAUUCAAUCGAAAGACACAAUCAUUUUAUAAUCAAAACAAUACUACAACAAGAACAAAAAAAAAUAAACAAGUGUAAUUUAAACGAAAGAUGUAAACAUAAAAAUAGUGACAAAACAACAGAAACUCGCGUGCAUUAUUAAACAAGGGCAAGGUGAAACGUAUGAUGCGGAUGCAACAAAAACAGAUAAAAAUACAAUACAAGAAAAGCAAAUCGCGCAUAACCCCGAACAGCAGCACAACCCAAAUUCAUUAACAAAAGCAAAAAAGUGCGACGAGCUAAGCGCCAAGAAAGUUGUGGUAUAAUGAGGUCUUGAGGGUAAGAGUAACCUCUACGAACGAUAGAUAGUCCAUCGUACUAAACAAAAAAAAAAAACAAAAACAUUCAUUCACGCCUAAACUGUUCACUCUUGGCUGCCGUUCGUCAUCUUUGCCGCAAGUGGCGGUGCGGGAUGUUUGUUUUUAGAGCUCCUUCGGCUCCCUAGUCUCGGUGUGUUUUGCCAGCAAAAUAUGUACGUUAGUGUGUCGAUUUCGGUUAGUGUCGCGUCACUUAGUAUCACUGCGGCUGUGCGUCUUUCCGCUAGUGGUUUUUUUUGUCCCAUCAUUUACUUGUUAAAAGCAAUUGUUACGACUUGAUGUAUAAUAAGGCUACACAGGGUGCUUUAGAAAUCGGUUAACUCGGACUGUUUGUUGCGUGUGUAUGUGUGUGCGUGUGCGUGCGUGUGUGUGUGCAUUUAGUUUUUAGGAGUCACUUUCGGGAGCGGGACUAGGACAUGAGGAAAAUGAAUGAAAAUAAGAUCUCGUAUCAAUCGAAACCAUUGCAUAGAUUCGCAACCAAAGUACAGAAACACACUCGCCUGCAUGUACACAAUAGAAGAACAAGAAGAUGAAGAAGAAGAAGGAGAAGAAAUACACAAACAAAUAUGUCCUACAAUUCCUGCUCUCUAUUACGCUAUCAGAAUAAGUGUUUAGGAAGUCGGUGGACAGUGCACAGACAGACGAACACUCUCGGCCUGUGUCGGGCGGUAGCAUCUCAGCAUCGGUGCCAGGGUAGUAAGCUUUGCGCAUUCCGUCUCUGCCGUAAGGGCAGACGUUUGCGAAAUCUGUCUGUGUGUAAAUAGAACUGAUAAGCGAGCUUUGUUUCGUUCUUAUGAACCCACUAAACUGCUAAUUCAGGUGAAUAUUAGUCAAUCAUGUGCUCUACUGUUUAAACAAAAAAAAAAAAAAAUAAGGAAGCUACCAAUACACUGCACGGCUGCAUGGCUCUAACCAGGGAGCGAUGGUAGCAGGAUAAGACGGCCCAUCUGAUGAGCUAGGAAGUGAGACAUUUUUCGUGCGCAUCCUUCAGCCAACGUCCGGAGUGAUGCUUCCCGUGAGUUCUCGUUCCGGAUAGUGCCGGAAUGCUAUUGUUCUGAAUCUGUUUCCAUCCAUUUCGAGCCGUUACGUGAAUGUUAGUAUUUAGGGGCUCAGUAUCCAUCUAUAACCUAAAAUAAAGUUUGUUGUUUCCGUUCCGCGUCGUAAGGGACUGGUGGAAGGGUGUGGUUUGACUACUCGUGGUCAAACUGGUCACAAACGCGCUUUCAAUGUCUAUCAGUAAUAGGAGUACAUUAUGAUUACUAUACUCCUAUCCGGCAAUCGAAAGGGUAUUCCAUUCGCUCCUUCCCCCAGCCACCCUUAAUCAGGCCGUGCCGUACGUGGUCUUCAUGGUGCUGUGGAUGCAAGGGAGGGAAAUCCUUGCUCAGACUACUAAAAUCUAUAUCGAAAAAUCGUUAUCGCACCAAAACCCUCCUAUCUGUACACUUUAUCCGUAGUUUGCUAGCGCCCUUACUGCAGGACCCGCCUCUAGUUCCAUGAUGUAGUGUCACUGCUACCGGUGCAUUAGUCAGCGUAUAUAAAAAAAAGAAUAAAAAUGAAACAUAAAAAAAGGAUCACCCCGCCUCACCCUCACCAAACGACGCACAGCCACACACGAACACGCUCACUAUAGCAAGCAUACCUACACUAUGUCUAUGCAUAUUUGACCUAAUUAGAUAGCGCCUUAGAAAAAGAAAGCAAGCGACACAAACGUCGGAACGACGCUUACGAGCCCGCCAGGGGAGGUUAGUUCUACGGACGAACGCGUGUCCAAUGCUUACGAUUUACCGAAUCAACGAUGAUUAUUUAACUGUUACUGAAUUGUGCGAGUGCAUUUUCUACUUCAGUUGAACGCUUCCAUCGUUAAACAGUACCACGCGCUGGUGGUGCCAAUGGUGUGACUUUCGUUGAAUCGCUCUGAAACAAACGCACUGAUCGUGGCGUGAACCUUCGUGCGCCGACACGUAUCCGGGUGUGCCUGGCCGGUUGCAGUCGUUGCCUGCAAUGGUUAGUUUGCAGGAAAUGAGCGCAAACGUGCGAGGAAUAUUGUGUUCAACUUUACUGACGACAGCAAUACGAAAGUCUGUGUGCGAUACAAAAAAAACUAGAGCUAACGAUAGGGGAAAGAAACAAACAAUGCUGAAGUGAAGUGUCCUACUCCGUGACAAAUAAACCCACAAAAAGAAAGAGAGCAAGAAAACAGCAAACAAACAAUAGACCAUUCAACCCAGCAGAAGAAAACGAAACAAACAAACAAACCAACCAACCGGACAACAGACUUAGCAACAGCGUAUUAUUGAUGCAUAGUGUAUGCCGAAAUAGCAGGUGAUUUAUACUUCUAGAUUAGUGUACUUAACUUCAUACACAAAUAUAUAAAUAUACAUACAUGCAUAUGGGAGGAUAGAAGAAAAAAAAAUACACUCACACACAUGCUGUGGAGAUGUAGUGCAUGAUUAAGCUUAGAGCGCGCGGCAUAAUUAGGCAACCAUCAAGCUAAACAAGGGACAGGCUACCAUUGCAUUGCAUGAUAAACGCUAAAUUGAAUCGAAAUAGUCGUUAUAUUUUCUAAGUGUAUUGAGAUUGUAAGAUACUAAACGUUUCGCUGCCUCUGUUCCCAUAGUGCAUAGUCGGAUCGGAUUAGGUUUUUUUGUCUCUCUUUCUCUCCCCCUCUUCGGUAUGUCUGUGUGUAUGUGUGUGUGCGUGCGUGCUGGGCUGCCCCUUUCUGAGUGGUAGGCGACCGCCCAACCAGUACCGCAACAACCAAUGACUAAGAGAUGCAAUAGUGCACACCACCGAUGCGAUGGAAGUGUAAACACUAAAUAGUUAACCCGGAAGUCAGUCGCCGAUCUGUGCACUAGCAAGCAACACAAACAAACAAACAAAUAAGCAAAACAAACAGUAAUUCACAACAAACCGGAAACACACAACUCGGCAGUAUUGUUUCACAGGAAGAUAACAUUCGAGCCAGUGAGUUUGGGCACACGUACAUAGACAGCGGAAGCAAUGCGUAGGAAAAGAAAGUAAGCAAACAAACAAACUAAUAACACAAUGAGCAUUAUAAGGAUGCAAAGUGUGCUGUUUGUGUGAGUGUGUGUGAAGAAAAACCAAACCAAAAAAAUGCAAACAAACGUCAAGGGUAGAAUCCUUUUUUUAUAGAUUUUUCAAAAAACUGACAAAAAAUCAUACAAAAAUAACUACUUCAGCUAGAGUAAUAAUUUAGUACGUAUAUAAGGUAUGUGGAAAUGCUAUACAAUUGUACAUAGGUCGUAAAUUAAAUCUCUGAAAAUUAUCCGUGCAUUUGAGUAAAAGGAUCAGUGGAACGUAAUGCGGAGAGAGAAAGCGCGGCUAGAGAGAGAGUGAAACAAGGAAAGUCGAAGUAAAAGGAUAGUAUCUACGGGAGAGUGGCGUACGGUGAAGGACAAGCUGAGAUCUGUAAAAAAAAACAGAAACACAUACACACAUAAUUAUCAAACCUUGAACCAGACAUUUGCUUUAGUUUCCUUCCUGUAAAGGUUCUAAGGAAGAGGGAGGCAAAGAUAGGGGACGAAAGGUACAUACACAAUCGAGCAUACAUUCCUAGCCACAUACUAAGAUGGAGGAAAACCAUCGGUAACGUAACAUAACGCCAUCACGCAGCAGUUAGCAGCAGCUUAAGAUAAAAGGGCUAGAGACUUCGCUAUCGCAUACAAGCCUACAAAAAAAAAACCCCGUGGGCAGAUAGGCCGACAACAGAAACACUUAAACUUUACACACUUGAAACACACAUCCACACUAAACGAAAACACUUCUCUGGGAGUGGGAGAUUAACGGAGUGCCGUUGAUUUAUCAAACACAUUCACACUAAACAUACACACAACAAAUACAAUACACAUACACAGCAAACACUCACCA